AUGGCCGCGCUGGUGGAGGCGAGGGAUGGAGGCGCUGGUGGGACGGAGUCGUACGACGCCGAUGCAGGCUACUUCCGCGAAGGCUCUCCGGCCGCUCGUCUCCAUCCCAAGCAGCUGCUGCUGCCAACGCCGACCCGGGGCAUCUCGACCACGCCGCAGAAGGUCCUAGAAGGGUCUGAAGAGGAAGCCGAUGCCUCUCAUCAAGAGGCUGCGCACGGGGUCUAG